AUGGCGUUUAGUUCCCAGGUGCUGCCUUUCAUCUAUCGUGCCAUUGGUUCAAAGCAUCUUCCUGCCAGUAACAUCAGCUUUGUUCAUCUUGAUUCCCAUCCAGACCUUCUUAUUCCUGUGAAUAUGCCUGCAGACACUGUAUUUGACAAAGAAGCUCUUUUUAAUGAAUUAAGUAUUGAGAACUGGAUUAUGCCUGCUGUUUAUGCUGGCCAUAUUUCUCAAGUAGUAUGGCUUCACCCACCCUGGGCUCAGGUUACAGGUACAGAUCAUUACUUUUUAAGUGAUGGUCUUUAUGUCCCUGCUGAUCAGCUAGAAAACCAGAAGCCUUUAAAUUUACACGUCGUGCUCAUCAAUCCUACUGAAGCGUCAAACAGCCAGGAAGAAAAUGGCAAAGUAGCAUCUGCUAAGAGACUGAAGCUAGCUACAGAUGACACAGCAAGCACCGCUUCUGCUUCUUUGUCAGUGGCUCCUGGUGACCUUGAUCCCAGCACCCCAAGUCUGAAGAAGAAAGAAGUACAAAAUACAAGUGCCCCGAACAAGGCAGAAACGUUGUCAGAGUUCUCGGCUUCAAGCUCUGUCAGCAGCAGUGAAUGCUUGAUAAGGGAGGUUGUUAAAGAUGUCUGCCAAGUACUGCAGAAAGGGGCUGCGUAUGUUUUAGACAUCGACUUAGAUUUUUUUUCAGUUAAAAAUCCAUUUAAAGAAAUGUACACACAGACAGAAUAUGAGCUUUUGCAAGAGUUGUACAGUUUCAAGAAGCCUCAUAGAAAUGCAACAGAGGAGGGCUUGUUGGAUUGCGUUGAGAACCGUGUUCAUCAGCUAGAAGAUCUGGAAGCAGCAUUUGCAGAUUUGUGUGACAAUGAUGAUGAAGAGACCUUACAGAAGUGGGCUUCGUAUCCUGGAAUGAAGCCACUUGGUCAACUAGUUCACAGUUUGAAAACCAGGAUGGAAAGCCCAGACUACGAAAUGGUCCAUCAGGCUGGUCUGACCUGUGACUAUAUGGAGCUUCCCCACCAUGUUAGCACUGAAGAGGAGAUUGAAGGCCUCGUACAAUCCGUUAAAAUUCUACUAAAAGAUAUGCCUAAGCCCACGCUUGUGACAGUUGCUCGAUCAAGUCUGGAUGACUAUUGCCCUUCAGAGCAGGUUGACAUCAUUCAAGAGAAGGUUCUCAAUGUACUGGGUUCGGUGUAUGGCACUCUGGAUGUGCACUUAGAUUACUUAAGCACCUCGUCUUCUCUGUGACCUUUCUUCGUGUAUUGCCCUCUAAUGCAGCGAAUUAAUUUAAACCGCGUGUUAGCUAUGGUUGCAAGGGGAAAAAUACUGAUAUUUCAGCAGGUGGCACCAGAACCCAAGCUGACCAAAGCUAGUUUUGAGUUGCAUUGCUUUCUCCAAGUCAGCUGCAUCUGAACUGUUACCUGUUUGGCUUUGUUCAGAUUAAUUCUGUGAUUAUUUUUUCUGUCUUGCUUCUUAAAAUUGGUGCAAGAGAAA